GUGUGCGAGCAGCGCGCCGUGGCCGCCGUGUUUCCUGGUGCCUGCUCCCUGACCCCAGUGGCAGUCCCGAUCACUGCACCGCGCCCGCCCCCGCCGCCGCCCCGCUCCCGCAGCCGGACCCGGACGCGGACGCGGAGCCAGGGCCCCGCCGGGCACCGCCGCGGGGUCGGGCGCAGGCUCUGCCCCGGCCGCGCCCCCGCAGCCCCAUGGAGCGGCCCCGCUGAAGGCAUCCCGACCCGCCCGCAGCGGCAGCCGGCGGAGGGAAGGAAGAGGUCAGAGGAGUUGAUGAGGAGCUGCUGGGAUUCGGGAGCUGCCUGGACCACAAUGCCCUACCCUGCUCCGGGCCUUGGGAAGUUGUGAGCUGCUCAUGUCCAUAAGGAGGAAGGAUGGCUCAUGGAAUUCCCUCACAAGGCAAAGUUACCAUAACGGUGGAUGAAUACAGCUCCAACCCAACGCAGGCAUUUACGCACUACAACAUCAACCAGAGCAGGUUCCAGCCUCCACAUGUGCAUAUGGUCGACCCCAUCCCGUACGACACUCCGAAACCAGCGGGCCACACGCGCUUUGUCUGCGUCUCAGACACGCACUCCAGAACAGAUGGCAUCCAGAUGCCUUAUGGGGACAUCCUUCUCCACACGGGCGAUUUCACCGAACUGGGACUGCCCUCAGAGGUUAAGAAGUUUAAUGACUGGUUAGGAAACCUACCCUAUGAAUAUAAAAUAGUGAUUGCUGGGAAUCAUGAACUGACAUUUGAUAAGGAAUUCAUGGCAGACCUUGUUAAACAAGAUUACUACCGCUUUCCCUCUGUGUCCAAAUUGAAACCAGAGGACUUUGACAAUGUUCAGUCACUCCUGACAAAUAGUAUUUACUUACAAGAUUCAGAGGUAACAGUUAAAGGAUUCCGAAUAUACGGUGCUCCGUGGACACCAUGGUUUAAUGGAUGGGGCUUUAAUCUACCCAGAGGUCAGUCUUUGCUAGACAAGUGGAACCUUAUUCCUGAGGGAAUUGAUAUACUAAUGACACAUGGACCUCCCCUUGGUUUUCGAGACUGGGUUCCAAAGGAGCUGCAGAGAGUGGGUUGUGUGGAGCUGUUGAACACAGUGCAGAGGCGAGUGAGGCCCAAACUCCACGUCUUCGGUGGGAUUCAUGAAGGUUAUGGCAUCAUGACAGACGGGUACACGACGUACAUCAACGCCUCGACGUGCACGGUCAGCUUCCAGCCCACCAACCCCCCGAUUAUAUUCGACCUCCCGACCCCUCAAGGAUCCUGAAGCACUACUGCACAUUUGGAACCGGGGGAAGGUCUAUAAACUGCCAUUUUCUAAUUAUAAAACAUUCAGUUAUGUGUUUAUUUCGAAAUUGGGG